AAAUAAAAAAUACUUUAAAAAAUAUCUUCUAACGGUAACACCGUUUAAGUGAUGCGUGGUGCCCGAACACCCCUUAAGUGAUGCGCUUGUUGGGAAUAUGUAAUAUAGGGUUAGGUACACAGAGUGGCAAGCAACUAAGCACAGAGAACAUCACCGGCAACCGCUACCUGGGUGAGGAUCGUUCUAUGAUCUUGAUCAACUGCUUUUUCAGUGUUGGUGGGGCAGCCAUUAAUCUCCUCUCCAACAAGCCAUCGGAUAGCCAUGUUGCCAAGUAUCAGGUAAUCCACGCCGUCCGUCCCAACACAGCUGCUUCUGAUUCGUCCUACAACUGCGUUACACGCUUGGAAGACUCGCAAGGACUCUUAGGUAUCACAACCACCAAAGAUCUCAUUCAAGAAGCAAUCAAGACCAUUGAAGCCAACUUGACCACACUAGGUCACUUAGUGCUUCCCACAUCAGAAAAGAUCCAGUUCAUCGCAAAUUACAUUGCUAGGCAUUUCCUCGGGGCAAAGGUCAAACCGUACGUCCCCAAUUUCAUGAAGGCCAUUGACCACGUCAUCACUCACGUCGGUGGCAAACAUGUGCUCGAUGAAGUGGAGAAAAACCUCAAGUUAAGUAAAACUGACAUGGAAGCUUCAAGAAUGACCCUGUACAGGUUUGGUAAUACUGCUUCUAGUUCAGUGUGGUAUGGGCUGGCAUAUGCCAAGGCCAAGGGCAGGAUCAAGAAAGGUGGUCGUGUGUGGCAGAUUUCAUUUGGGUCUGGGUUUAAGUGUAACAGUUUGAUCAUGAAAGCAACGAGGCCUGUUGAUCGUGAAGAAAAGAAUCCUUGGAGUGGUGAUCACAACGAUGAGUUUCCUGUGGACCUGAAGAGCACCGAGGGGGGCAUUCCAUAUGAAUUUAAGCCGUCCAAAAAGAUAUGA